AUGGAAUAUUCAACGCAUGUAUUUAUCCAACAAACACCAAUAACAGAACAAAAUUUUGAAUUAAAACUUCAAGAUAUAUCUGAUCAAAUAACAACCAAUGGUUGUGUGUGUCCAAGUGUAUUUUCAUCAUUUACAAAUCUUGUAGUACAACAAGCAGUUGUUUCAUCACGACAUAUUGCUUUUUUACUUCAAGAUGGACGUAUUUGUCGGGUAUCAUUUCGUGUUCAAGCUGAUAAAAUUGAACCAAUACCAACAGAAACAACGAAAAGUAAACCAAAACAUAUAACACCUCAAACAAUACGUCCUCAAUCUCGUCAAUCGAUUCAACGUUCAAGUAAUUUUGAUCGUCCAAGUUUUGAAAAUCUUGUUUUAUCCUCAUCAAAUCCAUCUAUAGCUGCACAUAAUGCUGCAGCUGCUGUUGCUAAUACAACAAAUUCAACAAAUCCAAGUGGACAAGUUGAUUUAUUACCACAAUUACAAGCUGGUUAUCCAUUAAGUCGACAACGACAUCAUUUAAUACGAACAGCACGAGGACGAACAGGUAUUAUAUUUGGUUCAAGACCUUUAAUACCAGCAUCAAGUGUUCCUGAAGAAUUAAUUGAACAAGUUCAAGUUGUUCUUCAAGGAAAAUCAAGAAAUGUUAUUUUAAGAGAAUUACAAAGAACGAAUUUAGAUGUAAAUAUGGCUGUCAAUAAUCUACUCGCACGUGAUGACGAAGGUGAUGAAGAUCUUGAUGAUGAUUAUGUCGGAGCUGAUCUCAUCUCCUUACUUGAUGUUAAUCCACAUAAUGAACAUCCAGGAAUAAUACUUGAAUCAGAAUUUUUCGACGAAGCUGAUUUUGCUUUACGUUAUAGUAAUAUACAGCGUCGAGUUGUUUCUGCUAGAAUUGGAAAUGUUGCAAAUAAUCCAUCUGCUCCAACCGUUGCAUCAUCCGCAUCUGCUGCCAUAAGUUCCUCCUUAGGUGAUCAAUCUAAUGUCACGAAUUCAAGUUCAACAAAUCCUCCAUCAACAACAAAUUCAUCAACAGUUGUAACAUCAUCUACAAGUUCAAAUCCAUCAUCAACAGCAACAACAUCAUCAAAUCCAACUGAACGUGAUCGUAAACGUAAUCGUUAUGAUCCACGUUGGCUUGAUGGUUCAUUACGUGAAGAAUUAUUUGGUCGUAUUGAUCGUGAAUUAAAACCUGAUGAUUUAUCUAUCGUUAAAGAUAAUACAUCAACAAAAACAUCAUCUAUUCGUAAAGAUCAAAAUUCAUCAUCAUCAUCACAAUCGAAUCUACCAACAUAUCAACAACAAACUUCUGCACCAGCAUCAAUAACAUCAUCAUCAUCAUCAUCAUCAUCAAUACAAAAUCCAAUUAUAUUUGGUGAUCAAUUACAAUUUUGGACUGAACAAAAUAAUGAAAAUUCCUAUCCACGUUUUACACAUAUAGCAUGUCUUUAUUCAGAAUUAAUUGCCAUUAAUAUUAAUGGACAAUUAUGUCAAUGGAAUUGGCAAGAUGAAUAUCCAUAUCAAGAUCCUGAUAAUUUACAAAUAAAACAUCCAAAAACAAUUUUAUUACAGUUAUUUAAUGAAAAAAUAAUUAAUCUAUCAGCUAAUAUAAUACGUGCAUCAAUAUUAACUGAAACAAAUCGUAUAGCAACAUGGAUCGAUGAAUCAUUAGGUUCCCAAGUUAAUUUUAAAUUUCAACAUACAUUACAAGAACUUUCAUCAACAAUACCAUUACAUAUUGUUGAUAUUCAAACAUCACCAUUAUUUACAGUUAUAAGAACAGAUACAAAUGAUUUAUAUUGGUAUGGUUUAUUACCAAAUAAACCACGUAAAAAAUUACUUGAACGUUUAAAAGAAAAAACACGUAAAAAUCGUACAAAUAAUUCAACACAACAACAACAGCAGCAACAACAACAACAACAACAGCAAAUAAUUACAAUUGGUUCAUCUGUUUGUUUAAUAUCAAAUCCAUAUUAUAAUCAAGGUGCAUUAGCUUUUUAUAUACGUGAUGGACAACCGAAAUUAGGACAAUUAAUGGAACAAGCAUGGAUGUUAUCUAAUACAGCACGUUUUCGUAUAAAAAUUCCUGAAUUAAUAACAAAUAAAAAUAAAGAAGAUGAUAAAAGUUCAUUAGAAAUGCCACCACCACCAUCACCAGCAUCAUCAACAUGUAGUGUAGAUUCCAAUACAAGUUUUGCAUCAUCAUUAAAACGUAAAAAACAUAAUAAUACAACAACAACAACAACAACAACAACAACGACAACAACUACAAGUGCAACUAAUGGUUCAAAUCCAUUUUUAAUGACAAUUAACGAUAGUGAUUCAAAUGAACAACAACAGCAUAGUAAAAUUAAAGAUGAAGAAUAUUGGCCAUUAGAUGAAGUUGUUUUUAUUGAAGAUUGUAAAGUAGCACCUAUUGGAAAAGUUGUUAAAAUUGAUGGAUCACUUGUACUUGUAAAAUUUCCAUCAAAAACUAAUAAUAAUAAUAAUAAUGAUACGAAUGAAACAAAUAUUGAUAUGAAUAAUCUUGAAAAUUGUAGAAUUCUUCGAAAAGAUGAUUUACAAAUUGUCAAAGGAAAUACAAUACCGAAAACUCCUGAUUGUACUCUAUCAAUAAAUAAUGCAAAACGAAUCGCAUUAGAACAUGGAAAAUUACUAACAUAUUCCGUUGAUAAAGAUUAUCUUCAUACAUUACAAAUCCGUGAUUCAAGUAUUUACUAUAUUAUGUAUGAAGUUGGAAGUAAUAAUGGUUUAUGUCGUUCAAUACGUCAAAAUAUAUUACCAUUAAUAAAUAAUCGUCAAUCAUUAGUAUCAUUUCUUGGUGGUAAUCCAAAUUCUAUACGUUUAUUAACAUUAAAUUCAAUAGAUAUUCCACGUAUAUUAAUUGAUGGUAAUCAUUUACUUUAUCCAUUUAUUUAUAAUCAAGAUAGUACAAAUUUAAAAGAACCUCAAUGGAAAAAUUUAUUAGGAAUAAAUUAUUUAUCUCAAGGAAUAGUUCCAUUAAAAAAUGCUGAUCAUUUAAAUAAAAAUCAUAUUAUAUUAAAUAUAAUGCAAAUACAAAAAGGUAUAUUAAUACCACAUAUACUUCGUUAUGAUAUUGAUAAAAUACGUUCAAUAUUAAAUGAUAUUGAAAUAAAUAAAAAUCGUGAUCUAUUAAAAUUAAUCUUAGAUGAACGUAUAGAUGGUUUUAGAAAUUUAUUUCAUGCAUGUGUUCAUAUAGCAACACCAUUAAAUAAUAAAGAAUAUUCAAUUAAUGAUGAACAAAUUCAAAAUGAAACAAAUAAUAAUCUUAAACGUAUUUCAUUUGCUAUUGAUCUUCUUCAUUCACAAACUAAUACAGAUCAUAAUUAUGGUGAAAGAACAACAACAACAUCAACAACUAAUACAUGGUCAAAUGAAUCUUCAACUACAGAUGCUCAACCACCAACAUCACCGACAAUGCCACCUGGAACUGCACCAAAUCUAUAUAGAAGUUUAUCUACGGGUGCACCAUCAACCAAUUCUGGUUCAUUAUCUCCAUCAUAUAAUCCAACAAGUUUAUCAUCAAAAAUUCAACAAAUUCAAUAUCUUCAAAAUCAAUUAUAUCAACAACCAACACGUACAACUCGUUCGAAUUCAAAUGAUUUUCCUGUAUGGUCAUCAUGUAAAUAUGAUGAACGUGAAAAACGUAUUCGUGCAAUAAAAAUUCUUCGUUUAUUACUUGAUUAUUCAUUAUUUCAAGAAUAUCUAUUAUCAUUAUUAAGUUUUCGUAAUCUUGAAGGUCAGACACCAUUUAUGUCAGCUGUUAAUUCACGUGCAUAUCAUUGUGCUUUAAUACUUUUUGAAUAUGCACUUAAAAUUUCUAAACGUGAAUCAUCUAAUGAUCAACAAACAUCAUCAGUACAGUUUUAUUUUGAAUCACCAACAAUAGUAAAUGAUUUAAAACAAUCUGAAAAUCUUCUACUUCGAAUGAUUUAUCCAUUGACAUCAACAAAUUCAGAUUAUUCACCAUUAUAUACAAUAUGUACAAAUGAUACAUGUUCAUUUACAUGGACCGGUGAAGAACAUAUAAGUCAAGCUAUAUUUGAAUGUAAAACAUGUGGUCUAUCAGGAACAUUAUGUUGUUGUAGUGAAUGUGCUCAAACAUGUCAUAAAGGACAUGAUUGUCGUUUAAAACGUACAUCACCAACAGCUUAUUGUGAUUGUUGGGAAGUAUGUAAAUGUAAAUCAUUAAUAGCUGGUGAUCAACAAAAACGUUUAGAAUUAUUUAAAUUAUUAUUAAAUCAAACAAAUCUUGUUCAAAUACAAAAUUCACGUUAUGAAAAUAUACUUCUAUAUUUAGUACAAACUGUUGGUAGACAAAUUAUUGAACAACAACAAUUUCCACGAACAUCAACAGCUGCAUUAUUACAACAACAUGCAAGAAAAUCACGUGAACAAUUAACAAAUACAUCAUCAAGUAGUGGAACUAAAAAAUUACAACAUCAAAAUUCAUCAUCAGGAGCAACAACAAAUAAUAAUACUACUACUACUAAUAAUAAUAAUAAUAAUUCGAAUUCUACAAAUCAAAUGGAUUUAGAUUCAAAUAAUACUAUUCCUGAUCAUCAUUUAGAACCACCACAAUUCUGUCGUCGUGCUCUUGAACUUAUUCUAGCUGAUUGGGCUGGUGUAAAAUCAAUGCUUUUAUGUGGAUGUCCAGAUAAUAUAGAUCCAACAAUAAUGAAUCCAAAAGAAAUAUCACCAAUUGUUUCAACAUGUCCACCAAUAAUGUCAACAUAUGAUAAUGAACAUAUAUUUUCAUUAGAUCAACAACAACAAACAAGUCAAUUAGAUCGUUUUACUUAUUUUCUUCUUGCUAAAUGUAAUACAAUAAAACAAACAAAUUCAACAACAACAACAACAGCAACGAAAAACUCUUCAACAACAACAUCAAAUGAUCUUCUUGAUAUUCUAUUAAAUACAUUAAUACGUGAAAUGUCAAAUCCUACACAUCGUGAAAUGGCUCGUUUUGUCACAGCACGUUUUGUACGUAGUGUUAUACGUUUAUUUAUAAUAUUAAGUCUUGAAUCAUUACCGGAUAAAAAUUCUUCAACAUCAAACCAAACAUUACCAUCAAGUACAACAAUAAAACGUAUAUCAGCAACAACUGUAACAGGUGCAACUAUAACAACAAGUUCAAAUUUAUCAUCAUCAUCAACACCUAAUGGACCACAAUCAAUUUUAUUUCAAUGUAAACGUAUAUUUCAAACAUUAACAAUAAUAUCAAUAAAUGCACUUGUUCAUACAGCUGAUUUAUUACUUGCACCUGUUCGUCAUGGUAUAGCUAAACCAACAGCUAUGUUUAAUUUAUUAUCCUCACAUACAGAUAUAUUACAAGGUCUUGAAGAAGUAUUUAAUAUUGAUUCUGAAUAUUAUCGUGCAUAUCAAGAAAGUAAAUCAAAUAAUUUACAACGUACAUCAGAACAUAAUUUUUCAAAUAUGGGAGAAUUUAAUGAAACAAUUAUUGAUGAUAAUCAAAAUAUAACAAAUCCAAUACAUACAAAUCAAACAAUAAUUGAAUUAAAUGAAGAUGAUGAUAAUAAUUCUGAUACACAAUCACAACAUGAAACAAUACAUCCAAUAAAUAAUUCAAAUAUUAAUGAACAACAAACAACACGUGAAAAUACUGUUGGUUUAAGUGAUAAUGAAAGUGAAAUGGAAUUAGAAUUACUUGCUGAAUCAGAUACAGAUAAUGAAAGUAAUCGUAGUGCACCAAAUACAAAUACACAUCGAACAUCAGCUACAGCUGGUAGUGAAAAUAUGGCAUUAUUUUCUGAUGAUGAAAAUUCAGAAUCUGAUGAUGCUGAUAGUGUACGAAGUGAUAGUGUUUUAGGUGAAGGUGAUGAAACAAGUCAACCAGAACCAAUGAUAUUUGAUGAUGCUCGAGAUGCAUUAGCAGCUGCUGCUGCAUCAUCAUCAACAACGACGACGACAACACCAACACCAAAUACAGCACCUAAUGAUCGAUUAGUUUUAUUACCAUCAGGAAAUGCUUCAACUGGCUCAAAUACACAAACAUCAAAUUCAACAACAACUAGUCAUCUUAAUGUACCAAGAUUAAAUGUUCGAUCAACUAUGGCCAGUUCAUUAUUUGGUGAUAGUCAUUCUCGACGACAAAUAGCACCUAUUGCAACAACAUCUCCAAGUUUAAAUCAUUCAACAUCUAUUCAACAACAACAGCAACAGCAGCAGCAACAACAACAACAAACUCAUGUGCAACAACAACAGCAAUCACAACCAACAAAUACUGUUUCAGUUAAUACAACAAAUGCAUUAUUAGCUCGAGCUUUUGGAAUUCUUAUCCGACAAAUAACUGAUUUACUUAUACGAUGGCCAUCGAUGCUAUCAGCUUCAUCUUUAUAUCAUGAUGUUAUGAUAACAUCAAGUACAGUUGAUGAACAAAAUGCUCUUGAUACUAUACAGAAUGAAAUCGAACAAUGUCUUUUUCCAAGUUGGCAAUGGUUUGCAACAGUAAUGGAUUCAUUUGAAUCUCAAUUACGUUUUGGUAUGACAUUAAGUAAUUUAAGUCAUAAUGAACAUGAUUCAACAUUUCAUGGAAAUCGUUUUCUUAAAAAUCUUAUUGAUCGUGCACAAAUUGAAACAAAGAAAAAAUCAACAACAACAACAACAUCAACAACAUCAACAACAAAUCGAACAAAUAAUUUACCAACAAAUGAUAAACCUGUGAAUAAUCGUCUUGAUUUUCUUAAUUAUUCAUUAUCAUUAAUGCGUUCAACACAUGAACAUGGUGAUCAAGAACCACCACUUGAUGUUUUAUCAUAUAAACAUUUAGCUUAUUUACUUGAUGCAUUUGUAUAUUAUUUUCGUGAAAAUAAUUUUAAUGAAACAAAUCAAAUAAUAAAAAGUAAUUGGAGAGAUAUAACUGAUGAUACAACAACAGCAACAACAAUAAAUACAAAUAAUGAUAAUUCAACAAAUGAAGAAAUUAUAACACCAAAUAAUUCAUUUUUUCAACGUUCAUCAUCAACAUUAUGUCUUAGUUCAUUAGGACCAGAUCCAUUUCAAAUAACAAUUGAUGAUUCAUUACCAUUAGCAUGUCGUCCGCAAUUAUUACAACCAAUAUGUCGAAAAGAAGAUUUAUUUGGACGAUUUUUAUAUGAUCAAACAGCUGCUAAAUAUUCACAUUUACCAUCACAACUUGGUUUAUCACAUCGUGAACAUUCAAUACCAGAUUUUUUACAACCAAAUUAUUUAAAUUUAUUUAAUAAUAAUAAUAAUAAUGAAGAAAAAAUAAAUACAAAAACACGAGAUGAUGAUCGUAUGGCUGUUGAUGUUCUACUUGAUUUAAGUGCUGGUUUAAUAUCAUCUAAUCGAAAAAGACAACAAAAAUCACAUUCAAUACUUCUUAAUGGUUCAUAUGAAUAUUUAUUAGCACGAUGGAGAUUUUCAAUUGAAUUAUUUGUUAAAUUAUUUUUGGAUGAUGUUGGAAAUGAACCUGGAUCAAUAAUAAAUGAAUCAAGUGGAUUUUCGGCUCGUGAACAACGUUUUCGUCAUGAUAUGGAAAGACUUAAAAAUGCACAUCAAAAAGAUAUUCGUUUUGAAGCGAUGGAACGUGAUCGUAUAUUAUUAAUACAAAAAACAUUUCGAACACUUAAUUCAUAUUAUUAUCGUAAUCAAAAUAUGAAUUCAUCAGCAUCUGUACCACCAUUAGCUGUACAAAGAGUUAAAGUUACAUUUAAAGAUGAACCAGGUGAAGGAAGUGGAGUAGCAAGAAGUUUUUAUUCAUCAAUUGUUGAAGCAAUUUUAUCCGAAGAAAAAUUACCUGUACUUGAAUUGGGUACAUAUGGUGCAUCAUCAGCUGCUCAAUCUUCAUCUAGUUCUUUGUCAUCACAUGCUCAACGACAACAACGUCCAUCACGUGAACGUCGUACAACAUUAGCAACAUAUUUACGUAGUGAUCGACGUUCAUCAUCAAUGCUUCUUUCAUCUGAAGCACGUCCAUUUAAAUUUACAUUAUCAUCAAAUGAUACAUCAACAACAAAUAAUACUAAUACUAAUUCUGAAACAAAUAUAAAUGAACAUUGGACACCAAGUAAAAUCAAAUUAGGUGUUAGUAUUUAUCCAAAAGUAGCAGCUAUUCAACCAUUUCAUGCUGAAAAAAUCACUGGAAUGUUACUUGACGGUUUACCAACACCACAAUUACAACGUAUUAUUAAUAUAGAUGAAGAUUUAAGAAUUAAAGUUGAAGAAGCUAUGAAUAUAUUAACAUCACAUAGUACACGUGAUGGACAACAAAAUGAUUCAUUAACAACAACAAAUGAACGUUUAUUAACAAAUAAAAAUUCAUUAUUUGAUAAACAACCAAAUGAAUAUGCACCAUUAUUUUGGCAACCAGAUAAAAAAGGUGUUUAUGCACCAAGACCAGGAAAAUAUACAUCGGAACGUUUAACAGCUUAUAGGAAUGUUGGAAGAUUAAUUGGUUUAUGUUUAUUACAAAAUGAACUUUUUCCAUUACCAUUAUGUCGUCAUGUGAUAAAAUAUAUUUUAAAUCGACCAAUACGUUGGCAUGAUUUAGCUUUUUUUGAUUCAACUAUGUAUGAAAAUUUACGUCGAACUGCAUAUGAUGCAGAAAAAAAUGGACCACAAUAUAUAAAUGGUCUUCAUUUAACAUUUUCAAUGACUGUUACAGAAAAAGAGGGAGGUGAAACAUAUGAUCUUGUUCCAGAUGGUUCAUCAAAAGAUGUAACAUAUUCUAAUCUUUAUGAAUUUAUUAAACGUUAUGCUGAAUUUCGAAUGAUUACCCUUGUUGAACAAUCUCUUCAGCAUUUACGGUUGGGUGUAUUUGAUGUAUUACCAUCAACAUCACUUGAUUAUCUAAGUCCAGAAGAUUUUCGACUUCUUUUAAAUGGUACUGGUAAUAUAAAUGUAACAACAUUAAUGACAUAUACAACAUUUAAUGAUGAAAGUGGUGAAACUACUGAACGUAUCAAUCAAUUUAAAAAAUGGUUUUGGUCUGUAUUAGAAAAAUUCAAUGCUGUUGAAAGACAAGAUUUAGUUUAUUUUUGGACGGGUAGUCCAGCUUUACCAGCAUCAGAAGCUGGUUUUCAACCUCAACCGUCAGUUACAAUACGUCCAGCUGAUGAUCAACAUUUACCAACAGCAAAUACAUGUAUCAGUCGUUUAUAUGUUCCAUUAUAUUCGUCAAAAAAUAUCUUAAAAUUAAAACUUCAAUAUGCGAUAAAAACAAAAAUGUUCGGUUUUGUAUAA